CUAUGCGUCUGUAAGGCAUUUAAGUAGAGAAUUAAUGUGUGGAAAUAGAGGGUCUUGCUGAGGUCUUUGCGGGCCAUGCGGACGAUCUCGAUCUCCAGGGUUGGCUUCGCAGCGAGUAACUUCGUGAAUGGGUCCCACAUUGCGUCUUGCGUAAUCGUCGUAGUAUUUGUCAUCGUAGGGCCGCUGAUAAUUGGAGUAAUCCGGCAUGACAAGCGCAAGUUUCUGGAACGUCUCGAUACGGCUCAAGCUGUCGAUGAGAUGAAUGAACGAAUCCCCGUACCCAAAGCUCUUGUCGUGCCAUGUUCGGAAGGGAGCUUUCAUGUAGAGGAAUUCAUAUGUGGGCCUCGACCAAGGCUUGUCGUUGUCCUAUCCGCCACCUUUACCCCGACGAUAGAAGGGCAUGGCAAUAGUCAGGGAUGUGAGCCACUGAGAGUGGCGUUUGUAGAUCUUCCGG